CCGGCUUGUUAUGCAUGCUCCACUAUGUCAUUGAGAUCAUUUUGCUGCUGAUUUUUUGUUACAUCAAAAAGGCAAGCGUUUAUAUGGAGUACCUUGGACUAGUGGCGUCGGCAUAUCGCUGGAACGAGGAAAUGGUCCCUUUCGAGCCUAUUGUCCUAGUUUUUUUCUUCUUUGCUGCUUUUCUCGUUUCACCGUUUGUUUAUUCACUCAGCUUACAACUGAUACUUCAAGCCAAUCCGAACUUAUUCCAUGGCGGCCGGCCUACUAAAUCACCCGACGCCCCAAUUACGUUUCGCAGACGCCUUUUGGGACAAUGACGACCAUGGCGUCGAUGUCGUUUCCCAAAAACUGCGGAAAUCCAAACAGACAUGUGAAGAGAUCAAGAAGCUCUAUCAAAUAAGAGCGCAAAUCGAGGAAGACUAUGGCGAACGACUACUCAAAUUAUCGCAACUGGAUGUUGGUCAAAGUGAAGAAGGAACGUUUGCCGAGUCCAUAUCGCAUAUCCCCAGUGCUCUUGAAACCACAGCUCGUGCUCACAUCGAUUUAGCACAACAGCUGCAACAUCAUCUUGAAGCGCCGCUAGAUAAUUUCAUCAAAGAUCAACGAGAAGUUCGAAAAGCGCAACAGCAGCAGAUCGAAAAUUCCAAGCAACUCAAAAAAUUACAUCAGACCAACGUCGUACGAGCCAAGGAUUUCUAUACUGGUGAAUGUAUGAAACUGGCUGGCAUGGAGAAAUAUCUUCGAGAACGUGGAAAUGGAAUGUCUGAGGAUGAAAAACAUCAGCUUCAAGAAGAUAUUGAGGAAAGUCGGAAAAUGACGACUAUUGCAGAGCAAGAUUAUCAGCGCGCUAUGGAAGUGUUAAAGACCGUUUCGGAAAAAUGGAUCGAUGAUUGGCGUGCCACUUGUGAUGUUUUCCAGGAAAUCGAAGAAAAGAGGAUGCAUUAUAUACGUAGCAGUUUGUGGGCGUUUGCCAAUAUGAUGUCGAGUGUCUACAUCGUUGAUGAUCAGUGCUGCGAACGUAUCCGAACUGCCCUUGAGUUGACGGAUGUGCAAAAGGAUAUUGAAACCUUUCUGCGGGAUUAUGGCACAGGCUCGUUCUCGCCAGACCGCCUAUACGCUGACAAUAUCCACGAUGCAAACGACUCUCUUCGAUCAGCGCCGGUUCCACAGUCGUCGUUGGAUUCGUCUGUAAACAUGAAUCAAACAAGAUCGCAGUCGAUGGAUAAUCUGAACAAGGCUUUGCCCGCGGUUCCACUAGCGGUGGCCACCAAUCCAGACGAAGAACUCAAAUCUAUUGAUCAUCAGCUCCAACAACUGGAUCAUCACUCGCCCUCCCCCAAAAAUGACAUUGAACCCUCCCAGAUCACCACCCCCGUAUCGAUCCAUAAGAAUUUCGCCCAGUCACCCGAUCGUGACUCCCCUGGACAACGUUCGAUUUCGUACGCAUUCCGUGAGAUCGAAAACAUGCUUGGCGAAGAUAACGCCCAUGGUCCGCAUCACGAAACGACGCCUUCCCACGAAAAUGCGCCGGCUGAGCCGAAAGCGGACGCGGACGCGAUAAUAGAGGAACAAGAUAGAAGCAAGGAUGAGGAAGAUGCAUCGGCCGUGAUGAUGAUGGUGUCUCCUUGCAGCGAGAGUUCUUAUGAUGGACAGAGCACAAAAAAUGAUGGUGAGAAGGCCUCUCAGGAACCCGUACCAAAACCAGAUAAUGCGUCUCUCCCUCUGGCCGCCGGCACUGCUGUAGCCGCUGUUGCCGCUGCGACAGCCUCAGGAUCUGAAGGAGCAGAAGAAACACGACGGCCAGCAUCGAUGGUAUCUCAGCAAAGUUCUGAAAAGAAUGAACGGUUUAAACCUGUGCCCAAUCCUGUGUUCAAGAAAAUGCAAAAGAAAGAAAUCGAAGCCAAGCGGGCAUCUUCUUAUGAGUCGAGCGAAGCCCGUCCUCCAACUGAAGAAGGCGAGAAGCGACCUUCCUCCAUGGUGGAGCUGCAGCCAACUGGAUCUGAUUCGCGAGAUAUCGCCGCUGUCCCUACGCCUGUACCAUCCAUUCACAUCGACAAAUCCGGUCCACGCAGCAUUGCCGACGAUUCCUCAGUCACCGAAAACCAGCCACCUACUACCACGCACAGCGUCGAUCGAGCAUCGCCAUCGUCAUCCAACGAGAGAUCGGUCACCGAUCUGACCGUGGGCGACGUUCAAUCGGCAAUAGAUGCAAAAGCGGAUGCCAAAGCGGAUCCUCAAGAAGCUAAUAAGAAUGUGAAGGAACCGGUCAAAAACGAGAAUGAUACGGAGAAGCCAACGUCGCAAAUAAGUGUUCCCAGAUUCACCGUUGGCGACGCCGAUGGUCAAACGGAAAGUGAUGAUGAAUCUGAGAACAAUUAUGCGAUUCCUGCGCCUCCACCCAAAGAUGAAAAGUGGGUCAUCUCGUCUAUUCGUCGGCCGCAAAUGGUACCUGUAAGAGUGCAAAAUGCGCAAAUGUACCAUGGCCAAGGCUCCUUGAACGGGCACAGUUCGGCUCCACGUGCAAACUUGCUCCAGGUCGCCGUGCCUCCAUCAAAUCACACCACGCCUUCCGAUCCCACCAUUCCCGUUUCAUCUCCUGACGCUCCCACGCAGACCACCAAACCGAAUCGUCAACGUCCAGGUCUAAAGAUCGAUAUUCCCAAUUCGUCCAAGGCCCCAGCGAUAAAUCCAGCAGCAUCUCAACCCAACAAUGCUCGAACAGCAGCUCAAGAAGUGAUUGCCGCUGGACGUGCCCAGUCGCAGAACCAACCAUUGACGGGCGACUUCCAAACCCCUUGGCAGGAGCAAGCGUAUCACCAACCGUCCUACCACUCCAAUUACUCUCAGUCUCACCGCCAUCCAAGUUUUGAUGGCUCGGAUAACCCCGGUAUCCGUGCUCCACCGUGGCAAGAUGAUUCAAUGGGAGCGCAGGAUCACAUGCCACCCAUGCAAGGCGCAGCACCUGCUUCGUUUUUAUCCAACAUGAUGCAACAGCCGUCCAACCCACACCUAUCGUACGAUAACCGCUUUGCCGCAUCCAACCUCUACCGCAACAAUAGUGUCACUGGACCUCGUGCUCCCCGUCCCGAAAGUUCCGUACCUCCUUCCGAGUUGCUGCAUUCUCACUUGCAUCCCUCCAACGGCAAUGUCAACGGCAACAUCAAUGGUAAUAUCCAUCAUCAUCAUCAACCACCACCACCUUCGGGUCGUCAAGAUUUCGAUUUUGAUAAUCCAAGCACACAUAAUACACCCAAAAACGGAAAAUCUUCCAAAGAAUUUGGUAAAUUCAUGAAAGGUGUAUUGAAACCAUCCUCUUCCUCGAAUGAACCCUCUCCGGCAAAGACACCGAACGACCCUACUUCCAAACAGAGCAAUCUGAUCCCACCUCCCUCCAAAUCCAAGGAGAAAGGUAGCCGGUUUUCCUUGGGAUUCUUGGGCAACAAGAAAGACAAAGAGAAACGUUCAAAGGAAACUGAGCAGCAGCAGCAGCAGCAACAAUACCAACCGCAACCGCAGCCGCAAUCACAACAGCGGCAGCAGCCAUCACCUACCAGAUUAUUGUUAGCAUCGACGCCAUCCAUCCAUCAGCGUGAGGCUGUGGCCGAUAUGCCUGCAACUGGUGCUCAGAAAGCAACCGCACCACCUCCGAUAUCAUCACCGAACCCUCGUCACUCUACUACGGAACAUCGGCCGUCCCAGGAUGGGGCGAGAAACAGCCACCAGGGUUGUAUCAGCGAUGGUCGACCUAUUAUCGAAUACGUACGCGCUAUAUGGCCAUUUGAAGCUUCGAUUCCCUCUGAAAUGACGUUUAUGGCAGGCGAUGUAAUGGCUGUGGUCAGAAAACAGAGUGAUGGUUGGUGGGAAGCCGAGUUGACAGAUCCGUCACGAAAACAGAUUGGACUAAUUCCCGGCAACUACAUGGAACCUGUCUAAUUCACAAUCCCCUUGCUCUCCUUUUUUUCUGUCAAGCACUCAAGUAUACAUCUUAUUACUACCUCUCCAUUGACCCUGUGUCUUUCUUUUCUACUCUCUUUCUUCUCAUAUCUUUUAGAAUGUAUCAUUAUACAAAAAAGGUUGUUCCUCGUUCCAUCAUAGCAACCCUUUCAAUUCAAUAUCUAAACUCUACAGUACU